AUGAAACUAUCAUCCUCCUCGUCAUUGCCACCACUCUUUCGCAAUCACCAACGUUGCUUGUUGUUGCAAAUACGAGGCGGUGAUCCAAGCAUAGAAGUCGCCAACAAUGCAACAAAAGUGGAAGAAGAGAAGAAACCGGAACUGUCCCUCGAGCCGCCAGGGUCUACAGUGGUAGACGAACCAACGCCCGUCGAGAACACUACAAAGGCAAACCAAACACUGCUGAAUGUACAAAAGGAAAUGGAGGAGAUUGAAGAGUCAGACGUCGAUGGUGAAAUGGAAGAAGAAAUUGAGGUGGAUAGUGACGAGGAAGGGGAGGAUUACUAUACAGAUGUGGAAGAUUCAGAAUUAGAUUAUGACGAAGCUGAUGAGUAUCUUGAUGACGCGGAAGAAAAUCAGAGUAUCGAAAAGGUCAUUGAGACGGCAGUCUACGUCUCGGAACGAGCUGGAGUAUUGGCAUUGAAAGUUACCAAGUUGGCAUCAUUCUGGGUCCGACAAUGGUCUUGGGAUAUUUACCGAGCCUGUGAACGAGCGGUCGAUGCGUGUCGAGAAGAGUUGGCGGCUGGUGCUGAGGAUGAGGACGAUGGCACCAUUCCAUUUUUUCACACCAAAGCGGACAAGGACGAAACCCGACUACAGCGUGUGCGCAAAAAGACUUGGAGAGUUACCAAGCGUACCUGGAAGACGCUUACCAAAAUGACAAUCGCCUUUUGGGCUAUGGACGACAAUGACAUUCUUGAAUUCCCAGAAGAGGAUUCGGAUCUAGAAGUCGAGACUUCGAUCAAGCCCAUAUUCUCAUUCUUGGACAAGCUAAAGUUGCGCUCAGAUUACGACGACGAGGUUGAUGAUUCAGACGAUGAAGAUGAUGUUGUUGAUGACGUGAUAGAACCUCAAGAGGAAGCAGAAUCAUCAUCUGUUAUUCCCAAGAAGCCCCGUCACAGCCGCCGCAAGAAACGAAAGUCCAAGCGCAAGACAACAACGAAGACGACGUCAAUAAAGAUCAUAAAACCAGAAGAAGAUGAGGUAAAGGCAGCUGUGAUAAUAGUCCCCAGGAUUCGAAAGGGAAGGCGAGUCAUGGUUGGUGUUGCUGUGGGUGUUGUUUGCGGUUUCUGCUGGCAGCAGUUUGGAGCCUCAGCACUCAUCAUGAAGGGCGUAUCGAUGCUAACUCGGAAAUGGAAGCCUUGGAGGACUGAUAAGGCAAACAGUGAAGAAAAAUAA